AUGACAAAAUCUAAUCAACGAACGACCGCUGGAAAUAUUAAUACAGCAAGCAACUACAAUUUGGAAGAAAUGAUCACGUACAUUCGUCAAAAUCCCAGUGCUGCAUUCGGUGUUCAUCAACAUCUUACUCAAGUUCCAUAUCCUCAACAUCUCAACGCUCCAACUGAGUCAUCAACACCUCAAACACCUAAACGAAUCUUAGACUAA